CUGGGGCAGCAUGGGGGCCUAUUUAAGGCUCCACCAAGUUGCUUAUUGCAGAUCCAGCCCUAGGGACGCCAGAGAGGAGGCUUUGUGGGGUCUAGCUUUGCAGCCAUGGCUGUUCUCAAACUGUGAUCACACUGCCUCCAGUUCCCAAGUGCCUGGACUACAGAUGUGUUUCAUCACAUUCAGGUCUACUUCUCCUCGUAUGCCUAGAAAAUCCCCGUAAGCAAUGGAGCAGUUUCAACAAAAAGAAGGUCCCUUAGCAGAGAAGUCAAAAGAGGCACUCCUUGCCUUAUAGCUCAAGAGAUGAGAAUGGCCGGACUGGCGAUGUCUGUGAGGCGUCCUCAGCACCCCUGGGGCUGAGGCUCCACCAGCAGCCAUGGGGCUCGACUGGCCCCGAGCCUGGCUGUCGGGCCUGCCCACAGCUGUGGUGUACGGCUCCUUGGCUCUCUUCAGCUCCAUCCUGCAUAAUGUGUUCCUGCUGUACUACGUGGACACCUUCGUCUCGGUGUACAAGAUCAACAAAGUGUCCUUCUGGGUUGGAGAGACUGUAUUUCUCCUCUGGAACAGCUUCAAUGACCCCCUCUUCGGCUGGCUCAGCGACCGCCAGUUCCUCAGCUCCCAGCCCCGGUCAGGAGCAGGGCUCUCCUCCAGAGACGUGGUGCUCACCCGGGUCCGGGCACUGGGCUGCCAUGGGCCGCUGCUGGCCCUGUCCUUUCUGGCAUUCUGGGUGCCCUGGGCCCCUGCUGGCUUACAGUUCUUACUGUGCCUGUGCCUUUAUGAUGGCUUCCUGACGCUCGUGGACCUCCACCACCAUGCCUUGCUGGCCGACCUGGCGCUCUCAGCCCACGACCGCACCCACCUCAACUUUUACUGCUCUCUCUUCAGUGCAGCUGGCUCCCUGUCUGUCUUUGCCUCCUACGCCUUUUGGAACAAGGAGGACUUCUCCUCCUUCCGUGCCUUCUGUGUGGUACUGGCUGCUGGCUCCGGGCUGGGCUUUCUGGGGGCCACACAAUUGUUGAAGCGGCGGAUCGAGGCGACCAGAAGGGACAGGGGUUGCCCGGGCCUGGACGUGGAUGGUGGAGUGAGGGAAGAGGAGCCGCUGGUGGGUGGGGUGGAAACCGGCAGCAUCACCUUAGGCCAGUACCUCCGGCAACUGGCGCGCCACCAAAACUUCCUGUGGUUCGUGGGCAUGGACCUGGUACAGGUGUUCCACUGCCACUUCAACAGUAACUUCUUCCCUCUCUUCCUGGAGCACCUGCUGUCCGACCACAUCUCCCUCUCCACUGGCUCCUUCCUGUUGGGCAUCUCCUAUGUUGCUCCUCAUCUCAACAACCUGUACUUCCUGCCCCUGUGCCGGCGCUGGGGUGUCUAUGCCGUGGUGAGGGGGCUCUUCGUGCUCAAGCUGAGCCUUAGCCUCCUCAUGCUGCUGGCUGGCCCAGACCAGCCCGGCCUUCUUGGCCUCUUCAUUGCCAGCAACCGUGUCUUCACUGAGGGAACCUGUAAGCUGCUGACCCUGGUGGUCACCGACCUGGUGGACGAGGACCUGGUGCUGAACCAUCGCAAACAGGCGGCCUCGGCGCUUCUCUUUGGCAUGGUUGCCCUGGUGACCAAACCUGGCCAGACCUUUGCCCCGCUGCUGGGCACCUGGCUUCUCUGCUUCUACACAGGUCAUGAUCUUUUUCAGCAGCCUCCAGUGGCUUCAGUGGGGAGCGUGCGGCCAUGGCCAGAGCCACCAGCCCCGGCCCCCGCGCAGGCUCCCACACUCCGCCAGGGCUGCUUCUACCUGCUGGUGUUUGUCCCCAUCACCUGUGCGCUGCUGCAGCUCUUCACCUGGUCCCAGUUCACGCUGCAUGGGAGACGCCUACGUAUGGUCAAGGCCCAGCGGCAGAACCUGGUCCAGAUCCAUACACUGAACAUUAAGAUGGUGUGAGAGGUCCGGCAGGACCACUGUGCUGACUGAGAUCACUGCCCCAGUCCCAGCGGUAGCCUCUCUUGCCAGCAUCCUGCUUCCUCAUCUCUAGGUUCAGCCUAGAGAACGGAUGGGAUGGUCGGGGUCUUCCUGGGGCCGGACCAGGAGCAUCACCAAGGACUGCCCUUCUUUAGUCAUGUGACUCAGCUUGUGCAAGGGCUGGGCAGCGUGUGUGUGUGUGUGUGUGUGUGUGUGUGUGCGCGCGUGCGCGCACGUGCGUGUGCUCAGGAACCUGUGACUCCUGUGGGGCAGGAAGAAAGGAGGACCAGAAAGGGUGGGGCUGAGGGCAGUGCCCAGGAGCAGCCUGGGACCUGUAGCUGGGGCUGACCAGGUGGGCUCGGGAGUUUCUGAUGCCAUGACCGCCCCUUUUGCCCUCUCAGGUGAAGCUGACUGAAAGUGCCACUUCCCUCUCCUGAUUUCUCUCAGAGGGUUCUCUGCCUCAGCAAUGCGUGAAGUGACACGCCCUCUCCUUCCCCCCUUCCCCCCAAACCCCAGCAGGCUCAUGUCAUUUCAAAUCAAGUAAAGCCAGUCAUUCUGA